UCUUCGAGCCCUGUGGUCAUUUGGGAUGGCUGCCUCAGACCCGGCCGCCGCGGUUAACGUGAAACCCAGGAGGUCCGAGGCUGUGGUGCUGAGUCUGACUAAAGCCUGGGACUUCCUGGAGAGCAGGCCUGUCUUCCAUCUGUUUCUCUUUUUCUAGCCGGGGAAAUACUUCUUGGUGGAUAUUUGGAUGAAGCCAUUAAAUUAAUUGCUUGCCAUCAUGAGCAGAAGCAAGCGUGACAACAAUUUUUAUAGUGUAGAGAUCGGAGAUUCUACAUUCACAGUCCUGAAGCGAUAUCAGAAUCUAAAACCUAUAGGUUCUGGAGCUCAAGGAAUAGUCUGUGCAGCUUAUGAUGCCAUUCUUGAAAGAAAUGUUGCCAUCAAGAAGCUAAGCCGGCCGUUUCAGAAUCAAACGCAUGCUAAGAGGGCCUACAGAGAGCUGGUUCUUAUGAAAUGUGUUAAUCACAAAAAUAUAAUUGGCCUUUUGAAUGUUUUUACACCACAGAAAUCUCUAGAAGAAUUUCAAGAUGUUUACAUAGUCAUGGAGCUCAUGGAUGCGAAUCUUUGCCAAGUGAUUCAGAUGGAACUAGAUCAUGAAAGAAUGUCCUACCUUCUCUAUCAGAUGCUGUGUGGAAUCAAGCACCUUCACUCCGCUGGAAUUAUUCAUCGGGACUUAAAGCCCAGUAAUAUAGUAGUAAAAUCAGACUGCACUUUGAAAAUCCUUGACUUUGGACUGGCCAGGACUGCAGGAACAAGCUUUAUGAUGACGCCUUAUGUGGUGACUCGCUACUACAGAGCGCCUGAGGUCAUCCUGGGCAUGGGCUACAAGGAGAACGUUGACAUUUGGUCAGUUGGGUGCAUCAUGGGAGAAAUGAUCAAAGGUGGUGUUUUGUUCCCAGGUACAGAUCAUAUUGAUCAGUGGAAUAAAGUUAUUGAACAGCUGGGAACACCAUGUCCUGAGUUCAUGAAGAAACUGCAACCAACAGUAAGGACUUACGUGGAAAACAGACCUAAGUAUGCCGGAUAUAGCUUUGAGAGGCUCUUCCCCGAUGUGCUUUUCCCAGCUGACUCGGAACACAACAAGCUUAAAGCCAGUCAGGCAAGGGAUUUGCUCUCUAAAAUGCUGGUGAUAGAUGCAUCUAAGAGGAUCUCUGUAGACGAAGCUCUCCAGCACCCAUACAUCAAUGUCUGGUACGAUCCCUCUGAAGCAGAAGCCCCACCACCAAAGAUUCCUGACAAACAGUUAGACGAAAGGGAACACACGAUAGAAGAAUGGAAAGAAUUGAUAUACAAGGAAGUGAUGGAUUUGGAAGAAAGAACCAAGAAUGGAGUUAUACGAGGGCAGCCCUCUCCUUUAGGUGCAGCAGUGAUCAGUGGCUCUCAGCAUCCAUCGUCAUCGUCGUCUGUCAAUGAUGUGUCUUCAAUGUCAACAGACCCGACUUUGGCCUCGGAUACAGACAGCAGUCUGGAAGCCCCAGCUGGGCCUCUGGGCUGCUGUAGAUGACUACUUGGGCCUUGGGGGGUGGGACGGGUGGGGCGUCGGCUAGUCAUUCAUAGAACUACUCUGAAACAAUUCAGUGGUCUUAUUUUUGAGUGAUUUUUUUCAAAAAAUGUAGAACUCAUUUUGUAGUAAAGUAGUUUAUUUUUUUUAAUUUCAAGUGAUGUAAUUUAAAACCUAAGUUUUAAAACAGCAACAAAACUGUAUUGUAUUUUUUGCUGUAAUUAACUGUAUAAUGUAAACCUAAUUAUUUUAUCAUGGUUUAAAUUUUUUGCAUAUUUGCUUUAUCUUAUGCUGCUGAUUUUUUUUUACUGAAUUUGUAAGAUUUUGUUUAUCAAAGCAACUAUUAUGUGGUGACUUGCCUAUAUCAUGAAUUAUUUAAGAUUUUUAUAGUUUUUUUAUUAGAAUUUAUUUCAGAUGUUUUGUUCAUGAUACUAUCCUUCAGGGUUAUGUGCUUAUCAAUGAAAUAACCCCAGAGGAGUGAGGGAAAAUAACCUGUAGCCAGUUAUAUUCAGGAAUAACUACUGUACAUGAUGAACGUGUUGAGAGACCUCCGAUAUUUACUACUUGCCAAUCCUAAUUUAGUCGCAACCAUUGGUAGGUAGUCCUACCAAAGUUUUGGCAAAAGCCCCAUCGUCUAAAUGGCAGGAUAACUCAGAGCAUGUCUUUGAAGAUGCCAGGCCCACCACCUUCCUGUCUCCCUACCACACCCAGCAGAAGUCAACUAAAGAGAAUCUGGUGUAUCUGUGGCAUGCUCAACACUUAAACCUAUCACAUAAAAUCAAGAGGAUACUUCAUGAAUACUACAUUUCAAUGCAAAUAAACAGAUGGUUCACUUCUACAAGCUAUGAGCCUGUGUUUGUCUACACUGACUUAAACCUCAGGCUGCAGGUCCCAGCAGUGGUCUAAAGUCUGGUCUUUCCUCUGCCUGCAGCCUCGGGCCCUGGGACCUUUCUGGUUUCCUGUUACAUGGAGUGUCAGUCAGUUGAACACCAGUUCUCUUGGUGUUUCUGGCCAUUUGAUUCUACCUGUAGCCUAAUCAUGUUUAAACUAGCUGUCGGGAGGUUCCAAAACCUACUUAGACUUGCGUAGGUGAUGUAUCAAAUGAGCAAUAUACCGUUCAUCUGAAAAUAGUAGCACACAGCCAUAUAUAGGAUAUCAUUUUCUAAGGACUGUUUCUUCACACUGAGCAGAGCAGGCGUAAGUGGUGGUGUUGAGUCUGAGUCUUGUUUUGUAUCUGAUUUUCACUCUCACACACAAGGUGGAUGUUGAGUAGUUCAAGAAUGGUGCUGCUCCUGACAAGUGUAUGGUAACUGUUUACAUUUUAUAUCUGCAGAAUUAUUUCUCUAUAACUGAAUUUUUCCUAAGUAAAAUGUCAUUGACGUUUCAUGAUUUCUGAAA